AUGGGGUGCAAAAUCGUGUGCGAAGUUAGCUAUCCGAUAGUCGCAGCUUUUUGUCUCAUCGUCGCUUCCCUCCUGCCCAGGUGGACUUGUGGUGCACUGUUUAAUACCUGCCAGUCAACGCUUGGCAGGAAUUCCGUCUUUAUUGGAUUCUGUUUCCUCGGUUCGGGUUGUCUCCUUCUGAUACCCAUUGUGGUGCAUCUCUGUCGCUCCAUAUUUGGCCGAGGGGCUGAGUUAAGCAACUUCCUGAACACCUUUCUUAUCACAGGUGCGGCUAUAGUUGCUUUUGUUGGACUCGGACUCUAUAUUUUUGCCACUCAGGUCGAAAUUUCGCUGGUUUUGGCCACAAUUGGCACGACGCUUGUCCUCGCCACGAGUUGGUCCACCGGAUCUACCUGUCUGGGGCUUAGUUAA